CGCAGAUUCGACCGCUAGUCGUUAACCGUUUGCAUAUUGACAUCAGUUUUAUCAACAAAUGUAAAAUGUAAAAAGUCGAAUACUCUCGGUUUUGUAAGACUAUUCCUUAAGGAUUAAUUACGUAAAGAAAUGUGAGGAAAGGUACUUAGAGGAGAGUCUAAAUAAAUAAAAAGUAUGGGAAACUAGGAAAUAGUUAAUUAGGAAAUAUGUAUACAUAAUAAGUAUGUAUAAUCGAGGGAAGAGUGGAACGUCGUGUGCCACUGUAUGUACUUACGUGAUUGAUCUAAGCGUAGUGUGGAAGAAAAGAAAAAAUAGUGGCAGUCUAUUUUCGAAUAGAAUUAUUUUCUACCAUUGUCAUCGAAUAAUUCACUAUUUGUAAAACAGUUAAAUGUACUAGGUUAAUAAUUUAUACGAUCCGAGAGAUUUCUAUUUAAGCAAAGCGUGGAUUUGAGAAGCGUUAAAAUGCUGGAGGAGGUUACAAAUAGUUGGGCCAUUGGCUUGCACUCGUUUCUCGAUGUUUCGCAUUUCACACCGAUGGUAUCAAAUCUGUGGGAUAAAGAAGCAUUUAACGUGCAACAUUUAAAUGACCCGAAAAUAAAAAAGUCUGACGUACUUCUUGGUUAUCUGAUUCUGUUCUGGGUGAUUUUGUACCUUAUGUACGAAAAGUGCCUUAAUUCUCUGCUUCGACGUAUGCGUGUUUCGUUGAUGCAAAGGAGUAGACUAAUCGAGGCUGUGUGGAAUUGUGGAUUUUGUUUUGGUAGCAUUUGUUAUCUGAAAUCAUCUGCGAUCAAGAAUACAAAUUUCUUCUCGGAAGGGCGAGAAGCAAUGUACGAGGAACUGGGUGUAAUUUUACACAAAAGCUUUUAUUUUCAUCGAGCCGGGUUAGAGAUUUUCUGUCACGGAGCUUGGAGAAAAGGCUGGGCAAAUUUGCUGUUUGCAUCGUUUGUCAUGAAUCCUUACCAAGAAAAAUGGUGUACGAUAGUAAGCACUUUCUUAUUUUACAAAGCAACCGACACCAUCGUAGUUAACGUUUGUCGAAUUUUAUUAUGCGUAUCUCACUUUAACGGAAGGAAGUUGCCCAAAUUAUUAUUCUCCGUUCACUGUUUUGACUGGAUAUAUUUGUAUGUACUAUUUGUGCCUAAAUUCAUGUUACGAUUGGAAAAGACUAGUUACGCACGGGCAGAGCUUGGCUUGUACCUGUGGUUUAUCGCAGAAUGUAUAGAUUCGGUGUGGCUGAGACUUUUAGGAUAUGCCAAAGCUACUCAUUGGCUAGAAAUUUGCUUAUUUCCUCCUCCGACGCAGGAAGCAAUCGAGCUGGCAGGAAUCCAAAAACGGCAUAGAGAUUCUUUAAAGAAAUCGGUUAACAGGGGAUCAAAAAAGACCGAACUGUGGCAAACUAUGCUCUGUGCAGUUGCGAUUAAAAAAAAAUUAAAAGAAUUAAACAAGCAAAGCAAAAUAAUUCUGAAUCGACGAGCGAAUCGUCUGCCGAAAUACAAUCACCCGAAACAGAAACAAUGGAAGAAAGGAGCGAGGAACUGAUGAAUCAAUAGCAUAAUAAGUAUUAAUAAAGCAAGAAUAUUGGUAAGAAAAGCAGUAAAAGAGAUUUAAUUUGUUUCUAUAGUUCCUAUAACGUACUCGAAUGAAUUUUUCUCGUUACUAAAAGUUACGAUUUUUAUUUCAAAUUUAUACGAUUUAUUAUAUACAUAUGUAUAUUCUGUAUUUACACUUUGCAUUAGUAAUUAAAAGACAAAAAAAAAAAAAAAAUGAGAAAAAACAAGCGCAAACGAUUAAAGAAUAUAAAAGGGAAGAAUUUAAUUGAAACAUGCAUAAAAUCGUAUCUUCUUUUUAAUACAAAAAUCAAAUUUAUUUGAGAAUUUUAUAGAUAUACCUGUGUAUGUAGAAAGUUCCACCACAUACAUGCUUAUGAUCUAAUGGUACAUGUCACGAACAAUAUGUAUCUGACGCCCUUUACAGAAACCUUUUUCAAGAAUCUCGCGAUUGGCACAACGUCUCGGUAACAUUAUAAUCGAGUUUACGAAACGUGCAUUCGUAUCCGAGUAAGUUGACGAAAACAGUAUUUUACACGAUUGACACGUUAAUGAUUAAUUUAACUUUGAAUGGUUAACGAUUAUUCACACAACAUGAAUUUCUUUAUAAAAUUCUCGCUCGGGAAAUGACUUGCGGUGGUAAUGCAGGAUAAAUGUAGUACAGUUUGCACACGCAUAUGGUUCAUUCUCUUAUCGUUUAAAUGUUAAGCUAGAGGCACGAUAUGUAUAUCUACAUAGCGAAUAGAUAAUAUGUCGAUACUAUUUCGCUCUUGGUAUCGGUAUUAUUUAUGAAUCGAGGCUCCAAGGAAUAAUGUGACUGACUGCGAGGUAUAGCGUAAAAUGACAUGGGCUGUUAAAUAAAUAUCUUGCUUGCGACAGCAAAUUAAGGAUAUUUAGAAGCGUGUCUCUUAAGGAAGAUUGAAACGACGAUGCUAAUUGCGCGUUAAAUCGUAUCCGAAGUAUUGCGUAUUUGCUUUAUGUCAAAGACGGGGAAAUUUUUAAUUACUCUGCUUGUGGAUGUAAACGCAACGAUUCUGACCUUUACGUUAUUUAGUCCUUAAAUUGUAAAUAGAAUAUUAACUUUUUAACCCUUUGUGAUUUAAAAUAAGCUUCAAGUUACUCUUCCGAAACAAGAAACUUUUCCAUUUCUAUAUUUAUUAUGUCUGUACUGAUAAACCAAUGCGACGAAAGAAUGCUAUAAGACGAAUGGGAAGUUAAGUUAGCAGACUUGAAACGAAUAGAAAAUACUAUCGAUCAAUGGUCCUUUAUUUAUUUAUGGAUUUGUGUGUAAAUGGUUUUUAUUAUUAUUUUUUAUAUGGAUCGUAAGAAAUUGAAAUCUAUUACACGAGACAAGCAGAUUGCGAGGGAUUCAAAAUUGGGAAUCUAAGCUAAAAUGUCUCUAAGAAAUCCAAGCACGACUCGCAUCCAUUAUAAUAAAAAAAACGUGAUUCAAGUGACACGUUAUUCCUAGAUAUAUAAAGUUUUAUUUCCGAUCAUUCUGGACUGUGUCAAUAAAAUAUAGUACAUGUAUUUAGGCUGAAUUGUUCCACGAUGUUAUACAGUUUAAUGAAAAAUAUUAUAAAUGAAUAUGGUUCGAAUAAAGUUGUAUUCAAUACGCUUCCAGCGUGUACGCCUCGAUAAUAUCGUAUUUCUAAAAAUUGUUAGAACAUUUGGUUUAGAAACUUAUAUGUAAAAUGUUUGUAUUAUACAAAUGUAUAAUACAAUUUUCUGAUUCGAUAAUAAGUAAGAUUAAAAUUAUUCAAGCGACCUUACUUUUACGACGCAUGUCGUUCCCUUGUAUUUAAAUAGUUACAUAUCAUUCUUUUCUUUUUCUUUUUGCAAGAGGAAAUUGUACCUCCUACAGCACAGAGUUUCUCAAGGGAAGUGUCGUACGAAAUAUUGUAGUUCCUAAAUAUAAACAGGACUGUUGUUGGGGCCUCGUAAUUUUUCAUUUAACAGGCGACAUUAACAAACGAUACAAAUGUUUCUUCUUUUUCUUUAGCUAAUUCAAGGUCACUUUUGAUCAUUUUGAAAAUUUUUGGAAAA